AUGCAUGAUCUUGGGAAACCUAUCGGUUGUCCAUCCCCUUCCGGCCCCCAUAGUACUUCCCCUUCAUCUGACAAUGUUUCCGCCCGGGAAACAGAAUUAAUCCUAAAGGAGAACGAGUUCCGAUCCAAAUCUCGAAAACUCGAAAAACAACUUGCCACUGUAUCUCGCAAGGAGAGAGAAGCAUCUGCAUUGCUCGAAGAAUGUAAACAACGGCUGGAAAGAACCACCAUACGGCACCUUGAAGACUACUUUACGUGUCCAUUGUGUUUUGAGAUCAUGGCGUGCCCAUAUAGUUUGAACCCACGACAGUGCGGCCAUACCUUUUGCGCCACUUGCAUUCUCAAAUGGUUCUUCUCCCGAUUGCAUCGCGUGUGUGGCAGCUGGCAUGAACCCGUGGACUGUCCCAUGUGUAGGAGUGCAUUAUUGUACACUCCAGAUAACGUUCCCCGUCCAGAAUCCUCCUUCCCUUUCAUACCAAACAGAACAGCCGAUAACGCGAUCCGCGGCAUGAUCAACACUCUCGCAAAGGAGGCCGACUCUACCUCUGACUGGGGACAAGAUGGUCACGCAAGGCAAGAAUGGUCAAGAAAAGAAAGGCAUGUUACUCCUCAAAUGACGUCUCUCGCUGCGUCGUGGAUAAACAUGCACGGGGACGAAUUUAUCACCAUCAAAAACAGACUUGAAGUAUGA